CUGGCCGUGCAUGGCAUGUUUGACCUAUCACAAGGUGACUGGCAGAGCGGGCCAACGUGAUUGGUUGGUACUCUCAAGGUCGAAGUUCGUCCGGUCGGACGAUCGGGCUUAGCUUGAGGUCAGUUGCUUGCUGGAUACGCUCUUGCCGGAUGUAUUGUACUUCGCCUCCGGUACGUGUGAGCCUGACGCGCGUGGGGAACCAGGAAGCGGAUCCCACCACGGCCCAGUUUGUCCUGUUAACGUCGAUGCAAAAGCUCGACCAAGCCAGACGCUCUCGAGGUGGAAUAAAGCUCAGGAGGGGACUGUUGAUAGCCGUCACUGCUCUGAAAGCAAAGCAGAUGCUGUGGGAGAGGGAUUUGCACAUACACAGCUCAAACCUUAUGGUCUCAGGUUGUCAAUCCUUGGCGGACAAUUCCGGCUUGGUGGCCGAUGGACCACAGAAUCCUCAGGACAGCCUGUUUCGUUCAACAACCAUUUCCAACCCUGUAUGGCCCGCUCAGGGCGACCUGACGUGCGAAACAACUCAGGUGAACGAAGCAAUAACUCCGAUGCCGACCACUGAUAUCCAAACACUAUCAUCACCCAGUACAUUCCCCGAUAUAGACUACGUAUUUCCACCGAUCGACCAGCUGUGUUAUGCUUUCUCAGAGAUUGGGUCUUCAAGAUUCGAAAAUUCCUCGUGUAUCCCUUGCGCUGAGUCUUCAGACGCACAUCCAUCAGAAGACCUACUUCCCACCCAUUCGCUCAAACGAAGUUGUCUGGAUGAACUUUUGCUACCCGACUCCAACUGCACAUCGAAUGACAGCCACAUCACGAAUAGUACCUUCCAACCCUUACUGCCCGAAUUGAAGCGUCCUUGUUUGGAAAUCGGUUAAUGAAAUGCCACAAAGUUGAAGAGCCUCUCUCGUUGCUUAUGUGACAGACCGUCUGUGAUAUGCGCGUAACACUUCGCGUUCUGUGCCUUCUUAUCGCACUUGCGCUCACAACACCUGUCUGCUCUUGUCAAUGUGUUCCAUGUCUCCCGCAGCAGAUGCCAGCACAUCAUGUCUCCUCGCAUGACCGAGCGACUUGUUGUUUCUAAUGCGAAUAUAUGUACGAUGAUCCGCCUCAUU